UUCUGAUUUUAAGUUGGUGCUUUGCAUAGCUUAAGGCUUGUAGCUUGUGUUUGAUGUGUAACAGCAGGCAACUUAAGGUUGUGGUUUGUUCUUCAUGUCAGAAAGCAGUUUGUUUCCCUAGUUUUAACUGUGUCACAUCCUCUUCAGGGGAGUGUAUAACCAGAUGGUUUGUUUCCACUCAGUUCUUUCAGACAGGGUAGAGGCUAUGUCUGUCUGUUGGACAAAUCAGCUGUGUGUCAAGAUCUCAGAAGCAUCGAUGAAAAGAAAUAAAUGAACUGUACAGCAGAAAACAAGGACUCUCUGGGAAGGAUGGUCCUAAACUGAGAUAGUUUUCGCUUCUUUGCAACUAUAUCCAGGCCCCUUGUGAGGACUCUGCGGUUCCCUGGUGCUCAGGAGCCACCUCAUGAGCAGCCACUGGGACCGGCAUCCACGCUGGACCGGCUGCGUGCGCUUGUGUCUCUCUCCUCAUCCCCAGGACUGUGAGUAUCGGAAGACCAGAGCGCACCGGCGCCGCUGCUGCUCAUCUCCCCUGUUCCCGUGGCCGGAGGGCUCCUCUCCAGGCCGGCAGCCGGGCAACUUUCCUCCAGCCUCAGCAUCCACUGUGAUGGAUCCGAGCGUGAGCGGGGCCGCUCCCCAGCUGGAAGGCUGAGGCUAAUGGAAGUGUGAUGCACAUAUCGCAUGGUCCUGUGCCAGCCACCGCCGUCAAGGCUGAUGCUGAUUCCUUCUGCUAAAGAUGGCUCAGACAUGGGCAGUUCUGGCUGCACUCCUUUUCUUGCUAAUCAACCUGGUUGAAGGGCCAGCUUACAACAUGGUGAGUGUGGUGGCUGGUGAUGAGGCUGUGUUGAGUUGCCCUUACGUCUCUGAAGUGCCUUUGCUAAUGGUGACAUGGAAGAUGAAAUGCAGCGCUUGCUGCUUCUUGGCCUAUAGAAGUGAUCACAAUAUGACAAGGAAGUUGAACUGCAGCAAGAGGUUUAUGUGGAAAUAUUCACCUGACAGUGACCCUGCUAUUCGUAUUUACCCUGUGAACCUCAGUGAUGAGGGAAAUUAUACCUGUGAAAUUGUCAGCACUGAAGGGAAUUUUCUUUUUUUCUCUUCUCUGACUGUGAUAGUCCAUCCUACAGUGACUUUGACCUCUGACGAGAGCAGGGUGGCUGUCUGUCAAGCAUCUGCUGGAAAGCCAGCUGCUGAAAUCUCCUGGAUCCCUGCAAGUAAUCACAGCGCUGAGGAAGAAGUCCAUCACACCAAUGGGACAGUGACCAGAGUGAGCUACCUAGGCUGGAUCAACAGCACACAUUCUACUGUCACCUGCCUGGUUACCCACCCAGCUGCAAACCAGACUCUCUUCCUAGACCUGUCACCCGCUUCCCCCAGGCUUCCCUAUCUCCUGAUAGGAGGAUCUACAAGUGUUGCUGCUGUCAUUGGUGUGACUUUAUGCUUGAUUUUCAGGUGCAGAGCUUUCUGGUUGCGUAAAUCAGCACAGGAGUCAGCAGUACCAGUUGCAACUAAGAACUGCAGGUCUGCACCAUCGCAUGAGAAAACAGUGGUGGUCAAUCCUCCUGCCGCAUCAGACUGUAUUUACCAGAAUUACAAUCCGAGAAUGUUAUACAGGAAAUACUAACUGUGUAGGCACAAGCAGUCUAAUAUAGCUCAGUAACUAAUGAUACUCAGUUACUCAAACUUGCACUUCAACCGAGAAAUCACAGACGUUACCACAUAGCAGGCCAGCAGAACACUCAAAACUGCCCUACAAAAGCCUUUGUCUUUCCUUACCUGAAGACAGUGGGAGAGAGAAACCUGUUUUAGGAAAUUAUUUCUCUCUUUCUCUAAAUACCAGCACAGCUCUUGAAACA